AUGUGGUCCUUCUUGGCGAAGAAUAAACAAGUUGCAGCCAUGCUGGGCUUGUUGGCAGCAGCUUCGUUGGUUGUGAUAGUUCUAACCACGAGAGGUAGAACUCACACCGUUGUGGAACAGUUCCCUGUUGAAACUGAGGAUGUGAGCGACAAAGCCUAUAUAUUUUCAACGCACAGUUUGCCGAAUGAUGACCACUUUAUGCCAUCUAUCGGCAAUGGUCAUCUGGCUACCAAUGUCUUCAGCGACACUGUAUACAUGAACGGUUUGUACAACGGUCACAGAGGUGAAAGUCGCAGAGCAAGAAUACCAGCUUGGGCCAAUAUACGUCUCAAUUCAACCCUUACUCACUAUCCCUUCAGUCCUGUUUACAGCCUGGACACAAAACAUGGAGUGUUUGAAGUCAGAGUAGACCGGGAUAGGUCAGUGGUAACUCAAAGGAUUUAUGCUCAUAGAUAUUAUACAAGGACCAUUGUAAAUCAAAUCGAAGUUAUGCCUAAAACUCAUGCUGAUCCAAAUUUUAUUCACCACGAAAUUUGGAUAGCAAUAAAGCAAAUGGCGGGACCUGAUAGCAAGGACAUAGCUUUUGAGUCUCCAACUCCUGAAAUUAUUGGUGACGCUGUCGUUUGGAAGACAUGUGGGAAGACGAGGGAGUCUGAAGAUAUCGAACACCAGCCGCUUCCAGUGGACGUAUGUGCUUACUGGACAUCAGUGCCAGAUCACUUAGUGGUACCUCACGUCAAGGGAAGGAUCUUCACGUUUUUGAUGACUGCAGACAAAAAUGAAUCUGUUGCUAGAGAGGAAUUUGUCAAAGUAUUACAGGAAGACGGUGAGGAACUGUUCGAGAAGCAUGUUGAGAAGUGGCUCAAGCUUUACACUCAAGCAACAAUGGAAAUAGAAGGAAAUCUACAAUUAGCUAAAAUAGUUAACGGCAUCUGGUAUUACAUGUUGAGUUCAUUACCAUCCGAGGAGUCGCACCUGCCUCUUGACAAUUUCUACGGACUGAGUCCAACGGGAUUAGCCAGAGGCGGAACGUUUGAUGAUUAUGAGGGUCACAAUUUCUGGGAUACUGAGAUGUGGAUGUUUCCGCCGAUUCUGCUCAUGUACCCUCGCUACGCACGUCAACUGUUACAGUAUCGCCUUGACAGGGCCCACAUCGCUGCUGAACUAGCAAAACUUACCGGCAAUAAAGGAUAUAGAUAUCCUUGGGAAAGUGCCUAUACCGGUAUUGAAGUGACUCAGCCAUGCUGCCCGGAGGUGGCAGAGUUUGAGCAGCAUGUUACUGGCUGCAUAUCUUUUGCAGCGCGGCAGUACCUAGCUGUCACCAGAGACGAGGAUUGGCUGAAGCAUGGCGGUUGUUCGAUUGUCACCAACAUCGCUGAAUUCUGGGCUUCCCGAGCCGUUAUCAACUACACUACGGGAUUAUAUGACAUUGAAAACGUCAUGGGACCAGAUGAAGACCAUAGUAAUGUAACCAACUCAGUUUUCACCAAUGUUGUCGCUGGUUAUUCACUUUAUUUAGCGGAAUAUGUGGCCUGUCUUUGCAAAUCCUACUACAUGACAAGAGACCCAGGCCAUUGGGCGGAUAUUGCGUGGAGUCUUUCGCUUCCCUACGACUCGAAAAGAGAUUAUCAUCCUCAGUUCCAGGGUUAUCAACGAGGAGAUAGCAUCAAGCAGGCUGAUGCUGUUCUACUUGGAUUCCCGCUUAUGUAUCCUAUGAAUAUUUCAACCAGAGCGAACGAUCUUUCGUACUACGAGUCUGUAACACGUGGAAGUGGUCCAGCGAUGACGUGGAGCAUGCACGCCAUCGGUCAGCUCGACCUGAAGGACAAUUUACGAGCGGCUAUUUUGUUCAAUAAAAGCUAUGAGGGAUAUGUUAGAGAACCAUUCAAGAUUUGGUCUGAACUCCGUCGUCCAAGGUUGGGUGCUGUUAACUUCCACACUGGUAUGGGCGGUUUCCUGCAGGCAUUAAUGUUCGGAUACGGCGGUAUCAGAGUCCAUCUUGAUAGACUGGUUAUAACACAGCCUCAACUACCGCCCGAGGCAACCAGAUUCAAGAUAAAAGGAAUAAAAUAUCUCGGAUCAAACCUCACGUUGGACGUCGGGGUGAAGACCACAACCCUUACUGUAUCCUCGAUGGAUGAUAACUGGCCUCUUAUUAUGAAUAAUGGAAAAUAUAACAUUACCUUAGUACCGGGGAUGACGGUGACUCUAAAGGGCGAGGGACCAUUUACUAUUCGCACCGUUUCUUGGAAGGAUUGCAAGUUACCUGUGGACAUCAUCGGUCAGAACUAUUUGAGGCCGAUAGGACUAUAA